AUGACUGCGGCGGCGGCCGGAAUAAUCGUGUUCACUGCUACCGACGACGUACCCGCAAACUUCAUACAAUUAUUAGUGUCCUCAAGAGUCAUCAUCCGGAGCUCCACCCCUCAUUGUGGUAACGGGACGAGCACAUUGCAAUGGCGAAUGCUGUCUCAGCAGCUCCUGCGACGAACUCCGUUCUUAGUCACAGUAGCAGCUCUAUUGUUGCUGCUACCCAUUUGUCUGGCUCGUCGCAAAUCGCCAGUAGCACGGUCCUCUCCAGCCUGUGCGACUUCCUCUGAGGUUGCUGCUGCUGCCUCCGGGCAACAAGCUCGCCUCUCCGCCGCCGACACACCCGCAGAGUCUCUAUCCCGCGCUUCCUCUGUCAUCAGCACUACCUCAGCCACCAGUGUUUCCAAGUCUCCUACCAACGUUGACAACGCUGGUCCCAUCACCGGCACUGCCUCCACAGCUGGUACUCUCUCCGCUACCAGCACUACCUCCUUCGCCCGUGUUCCCUCCGCGCCUUCUCAAGCUUCCUCCAGCGCCCAGUCGGCCAGUGUCGAGACAAUAAUCAACGAAUCCGUCGUGGUGUACGAUUCUUACCUCAGCGGUCAUACCGUGUAUAGUACCGCAAAAGUCUUCUCCAGCGUUACCGAGACUGUGUCCGCGUCUGGAGAGGUGAUAACAGCCACCUCGCUGCAACGUGUAACUAUACCAACCGUCUCCUCGCCGCUGUCAAGACAGACGUCCAGCUCUACCGGUACCCGCACCACUUUUGCACCGUCGCAGUCAGGCACCUCAAUCGAACCAAAGCCCGCCACGCCAAAUCGCAACACUCUCCGGAUAGCAGCCGCACUCGCACUGGGAAGUCUAUGCAUCCUAGUCCUCGGAUUCUCGCUGUGGUGCUGGCGCCGGAGACGGAAACGAGCAGUGCUCGGAGAUGCAGCGGAUGACUCGGGCGUGUUUGUACCGUACAGAAUCGUGCCGUAUACCAAGGCUCGAUCACUACUAGCGGAUACGAAUCGGGCCCCGUCUCCCGUUACGGAGAACGAUAUAGAAGAGGAGCUCGAAGGCGUCCGAUGCUCACUACCCAAGUGGACGAUUCGCGGGGCCCGCUGCGCAGCGUAG